AUGCGUCUCACACAAACCAACUACGAGGAGGUCGAAUCAGACUCUCAGAAUGUACCGCCUGCAACGUUCAACACCUACUUUCAUACCGUCGAGGAAAUUCCAGCACAUGAGAGCAGGAAUUAUCUUUCACGUCCAUCAGAAGCACCUUACUCCUUCGAGCGAUGGCUACCCUUGGUUCUUAGAACACGAAACCCCGAUGCAAAAGCUGCACAAGUUGUCAAACUUACACGAGCAGAGGCCAGGCUCGUCGUAGCAGCAUCAGGCACCUCGAUCAUCACUGGGGAACACAACCGAGCAUAUCAAGAAGACAUCCAGGAAGAAAUCAUCCCGCAUUUAUCGUCUCUCGACUUCCCUGCCGAAGGUCUCUUCAUGCGUUUGGAUCGUUGUUCACCUAAAGAUGGUCGCCAAGCCGUACCGGGUAGGCUGUCUCUUCACCCCCCAAUGGAUAUAAUUAUUCGCUUGAUCACAUCACAGCGAGUACGUAAUGAAAUAUUGAGGAGUCUUGAAGGGGGGAGUCCGACUGUCGACUUGACCUUUCUUCCAUUCAAUAAACGUAUGGAAGCGAAAGGGAAUACCGAGUCUACUGUGCACCUGAGACCGGAGCCAUCUCCGCAGUAA